UACAAAGGAGCUGGGAUUAGUUGUCCUGUGUUUGAGCCACUGUGCUCAAACCACUUGCACUGGUAGCAAGGGCUUUGAAAAGCCAGAUAAAACCAAGAGUGUGUGUGUGAAGGGAUUAUUGUAGCUCCUGGGUACUCCUCCUUUCUGUUUUUUGUUUGUUUGGGGAUUACUAUGCCUUAAGGGAAGGAACAGUAGCAAAAUAAUAUGCAUUCUCUGCUUCAUCUCUGGCACACUUCUCCUCAGAUUCAAAUAUUCCCCACCUUCAAGAAACACAUAGAAACAAUAGAGAAAAGCAAGUACAGAAUCAUUCAGGUUUAGACUGGAAGGGACCUUAAAGCUCACCCAGUUCCAACCCCUUGCCAUAGGCAGGGACACCUUCCACUAGACCAGGUUGCUCAAAGCACCGUCCAACCUGGCCUUGAACACUGCCAGGGAUGGGGCAGCCACAGCUUCCCUGGGAAAACUGAGCAAACACGUGAGAUGAGAAAUAGCUCCUGGGGUAUGUGCAAACUCCCCAAAUACCACUUUCUUUGCAGAAAAGCAGGGGCUGUGAGUUAUGCGAAAACCUGCAACCUUGGUCAAUGCAAUACGUGUAACUGGCACCAUGCACUCACUCAACAAACGCAUGUGAACAACCCACAGUCAGUUUCUAAAUUCUUCAAAGGGUGAGAGAAAGGCAAAAUCCAUGCAUUCUCUUGCCUACUGUAUCACUUCUGCCUGUAUUUUCCUUGUCUGCAGCCAGUCAGGAGGCAGGAGGGAGGGGCAAAGCCUAUGUAAAGUGUUUGGCAAGGGCCAGCAGCCUCUCCUUGACCACAGUGACUGGGAAGGGACCGCACAUGGCCACCUACCUGGAGCUGCCCACCCGUGCGAGGAUGCCCAUCCUGGGACUGGGGACCUGGCAGUCUCUCCAGGGAGCAGCCAGAGAUGCAGUGAAGUUUGCCAUCGAUGUUGGGUACUGCCACUUUGAUUGUGCUUACCUGUACCAGAACGAGAGUGAGAUCGGGGAUGCAGUACGGGAAAAAAUCAAGGAGGGGGUUGUGAGGCGAGAAGACCUCUUUAUUGUCAGUAAGCUGUGGUCCACCUUCCAUGAGAGAUCCCUGGUGAAGGAGGCAUGCCAGAAGACACUUGCUGCCCUCCAAAUGGAUUAUUUGGAUCUCUACCUGAUGCACUGGCCCAUGGGAUUCAAGGCAGGAGAGGAGCUGUUUCCUACAGAUGGAAAUGGCAUGAUCAUUCCCAGCGAUACAGAUUUUCUGGAUACAUGGGAGGCUAUGGAAGAGCUGGUGGAUGCGGGAAUGGUGAAGGCAAUUGGAGUCUCCAACUUCAACUGCAAACAGAUAGAGCAGCUUCUGAGCAAACCAGGCUUAAGACACAAACCUGCAAAUAAUCAGAUUGAGAGCCACCCCUAUCUUCCUCAGGAAGAGCUGAUCAAGUUUUGCCAGUCCAAAGGCAUCUCUGUCACUGCAUAUUGUCCCCUUGGGGCACCCAACUGGCCAUGGUCCAAGCCUGAGGAUAUUUCCCUUCUUGAUGAUCCUCAAAUUAAGGAAAUUGCACUCAAGUACAACAAAACCCCAGCUCAGGUGCUUAUCCGCCUCCAGAUUCAAAGAAAUGUGAGUGUAAUUCCCAAAUCUGUCACUCCACACCGCAUUGAAGAAAAUUUUAAGCUGGUUUGGACCUUUAUUCGGGUGUUUGACUUUGAAUUGGCUGAAGAGGAGAUAGGAACCUUACUGGCUUUCAAGAAGCGGUAUCGCAUCUGUACGUUAAGCGAAUGCAAAAAUCACAAGGACUAUCCUUUUUUGGGAGAGUAACAUAGGCACCACCAUCAGAUCCUCCAGGCACCAGGACCAUGUAUCAUUAUUUCAAGCAAUUUGUAAUACUUCAUGGGUAUUAAAC